AUGGUAGUGAUAAUGGGAAAUCUUUUUCAAGACAUCGUUAAUGUGAAACCUCUGAUAGUUACAUCUUUAAAAAAGAAACAUUCUCCAUUUCUGAUGAUUAGUAACUAUGUGAGAUUUGCUGCCCAGAUCAAUAGAGGCUGCUCCAAGAAAAGGAUAAAUAUUCAGCAAUCUACAUGUUUACCUGACGUGUUCGUGGAGAAAAACCAUGGGCAGAGCGAAGUUAGAAGUUUCACGGAUGCACAGAAAAUACACCCUGAGUCCCAUUUAACUUCAGCACUGGUUCACUCUGGGCCAGCAGCAUUCUCCACAUUCCUCCUGAACUUCAGUUCCUAG